UGUGGCUGUUCUUCAUUUUUCAUCUUUCCUUGGUUUGAAGCCAUGCCUUCAUUUUCAUUGUAGAGUUUUUCCAUGUCGAGAUUUCCCCUCCUUUUCGUGCCCUGGGGGAUGGGGGUGGAGGGAAGAGGAGACAAAGAGGAGACAUGGGAGACUGAGUGCGUGGGAUGAAAUGCAGGUCUGGAUAGUACUUGCAUCUCACCCCUGAUGAGGGUUCCCCUGAGCUGGCGGGGCCUCCAAGAGGGCCUUCUGCCCACCACGUAGCCUGCCACUCCUCCCACACACGUGAGCCAGCCAUUGCCUGGCAAGCCCUGUCACUUUCUCUGCAGUGGUUCAGCCUGGUAAGGUGUGUGUUAAUGUGGGUGGGGGGAUGGGCGGGGGCCCCAAUUCGGCUCUGGCCGGGCCCUCCACACACUCAACCCUUGUGGGCCCCUGUCCAUGCAGCCCCCUACUUUCACGGACCUGCGGGGAUUCUGGACAGGUUGCUCCUCUUUUUCAGGCUUCGCAGAGCGCUGGGAACAACAGACGCGCAGACCUGCGGACAGACAGGAGACAGGGAGGCAACUCUCCUCCCCAGCCUCGCGGUCAACGUUUUUCUCUAUGUACGGGAACGGCAGAGGGGGUUUACUUCCACUGUCUCACUACUGGGGCGUCCCCAGCCCACCAUCUCCGGCUCCAAAAUGGACGGAGGGCAGAAAAGAGGAUGUGCCUGGAAAGCGAGCUUGGAUACUUGGAGGUGCUCGCCUUCCUCACCCUCUGCCCACUGCCUACGUGCUCCCCCUCAGCCACCUUUAGCCGUUUUCCCACCGCCAUCUCUGUCCACACUCGGGCCAGCUUCCCUCGACUCGACCCGACCCCACCCCCAGCCUUUCCCGGUACUGUACCCGUUCCCCUUCCGCCAUUCCAGCAUUCCGCUGGCAGCGUGGAAGGCCCGCACACUGACCUGGAGGAAGCUGGACCAAGAAUUAGGAGCCCAGGAACUGGAGCAGACGGGACCCAGCCGCGGGGACAGAGGGCGGGCACUCGGACCGGUGCCCACAUCUGCGCCCAGGCAGAUCACGUGAAUGCCGCAGCACAGGAGUUCCACCGCCGCACGCCCCACGCCCCGCCUCCUAGCCAGCCGCUUCCAGCUACCCACCACCUCUCUCCAGCAGGGUUCUGAAGCAAUUUCAUCCUUAUAUCAGCACUACAUUAAAUUCCUUGGGCAUCAUGAAUGAUUUUCUUAUUGACAUCUUUGAGCACAUCACCACCAAGGCUGGCUGCCUGGUUGCUACACUGAGUGCUCCACUAUCACCUCCAGAGACAUCCAGAUCACCCGAGCCCGAUGCUGUCUGGGGAUAUCCACAAGCACACUGUAUUCAAAACCAAAGGUAAGAACCAUGUUCCAGUAACGUUGAAUCUACUUUAGUUCUUGAAGUGUGAUGUCCUGCUAAUUUUAAAACAUCUUCUUUUUUUGCUACAACAAACUAAAUAUUAUCAAUUUUAGUUUAAUGUAUCUAUGGUCCAAUUUGUUUAAAAAAUAAAAUAGUGGGUUAUACUUAAUAAUGUUGCAUUAUACCACUUUACUAAUGAGUCAGUUCUUUUAGUUAUUUUUGUAGGUCAGCCAUUCAUCGGACCUGUAAGAUGUUAUCUACAUUUUUCAUUCCCAUUCCCUCACAAAUAUAUGCUGAAAUUUUCCAGAGAUACCUUAUAUAUUAUAUCCAACAGAUUAAUUGCAGGAACAUAUAUAAGAAUUCAGCAGACUUCCAUUAGAAUAAAUAUUAAAGAGAUUUUCAAAUAAAAAAGUCCAUCUCCUUAUGACUUG